AUGGACACCAACCCCAAAACAGCCAUUGACGAUGAGAUGAGGAUGAUGGACUGGCCAGUGCAGGAGCACCUGAAAGGGGCACUGGCACAUGCAGCCGAAACACACAAUAUCUCUCCUCUUCCAGUCUUUGAUCUCGAUGGUGAGAGUAUCGACCCAUCAGAUUACACUCACAGGCUCUCCAGUGCCAUUGUUCGAGUGCACUUUGCACUGAUGCACUACUCAAUCAGCAGGGACAAGAAGUCUGUCUUCAUGGCUGUUGUUCGUGACAUGGUCAUCCUGUGA